UGUCGCCUCGUUGAGAGCGCGGGUCGGCGGCCUGGCCGCCUCGCCUCGCCCCCUUCACUGCUCUCUCAGCCUGUGUGUGUGUCUGUGGAGGGACGUGGCGGGCCCAAACUGAGCGACACCGUGACAACACACCCGUGCUAAUGAGGGCCAUUUACCUGCCGUCACCGUACGAGGCGGGCGCCCGCGGCAGUGACCGUUAUUUGGCGGCCCCGCGCGUGCCCGCUGCCUGGUAACGGAACGGGCCCGCGGGCGGGCGCCUCAGGAUGAAUGGCUUUUCGCUCGGCGAGCUCUGCUGGCUUUUCUGCUGCCCGCCUUGCCCGAGUCGGAUCGCGGCCAAGCUCGCCUUCCUGCCGCCCGAGCCCACCUACACGGUGCUGGUGGACGAGGCGAGCAGCACCUUGCACCUGUCGGAGCGGGCCGACUGGCAGUACACGCAACGGGAGCUCGACUCCCUCGAGGUGUUCUUCACCCGCACCAGCCGCGGCACCCGCAUCGGGUGUAUGUUCGUCCGCUGUGCCCCCAGCUCCCGCUACACACUGCUGUUCUCACACGGCAACGCCGUGGACCUGGGUCAGAUGUGCAGCUUCUACAUCGGCCUCGGCUCCCGCAUCAACUGCAAUAUCUUCUCCUACGACUAUUCGGGUUAUGGAGCCAGCAACGGGAAACCGUCCGAGAAAAACCUUUACGCUGACAUUGACGCAGCGUGGACGGCGUUGAGGACAAGGUAUGGUGUUAGUCCAGAGAAUAUCAUUCUAUAUGGUCAGAGCAUUGGCACAGUUCCUACAGUAGAUCUUGCUUCCCGUUAUGAAUGUGCAGCUGUUAUCCUCCAUUCACCUCUUAUGUCUGGCUUACGUGUGGCAUUCCCUGAUACAAGGAAAACCUACUGCUUUGACGCAUUUCCAAGCAUUGACAAGAUAACCAAGGUAGCGUCUCCUGUAUUGGUAAUUCAUGGGACUGAGGAUGAAGUGAUUGAUUUUUCCCAUGGUCUUGCAAUGUACGAACAGUGUCCAAGAGCAGUGGAGCCCCUCUGGGUCGAGGGAGCCGGGCAUAAUGACAUUGAGCUUUAUGCACAAUACCUUGAAAGAUUGAAACAGUUUAUUAGUCAUGAGCUGCCUAUUUCUUAAGGACUCUGGAUGUUUCCUAGGCAAAUGUGAAUUGACGAACAGCUCUAAUUUGCACAUGGUCUAACUGGAUAACUAGCUUUUGAUGACAAAAUAAGCUAUCACCUUUUAGGCUGAUUCCAUUUGAGAAACAGCACAAAAUCUGUCUUUUUUUAUACCAGGAAAAAUCCAUGCAAUUUAUGUAUGUUGCACAUGAAAUAAUAUUUACCUACUGUAAUUUUGAAAUAGUUUUUGAUUGUUAUUAAAAUUAUUGUUUAAUCAUCUGGCUUUUUAGCAUUCUAUGUGUCUUGAAUUUUUUAGGAGUAGAAAUCUCUCUUUGGUCAUUGGCAUACUGAAUGAGUCUAGCCAGUGGUUGUACUUCCCUCCUACACAUUCACUUCCAUUUAUAUUAAACAAAUGAAGUUUGUGGAGAUGAGUACAACCUGCUGCCAGUACUGAGUUUAGCAGUAAUGACCAAAGACUGCUUUUACUUUUAAAUUUUUUAACUUCUUUAUAAACUGGAAACUUCUUGUAUAAUACAACGUAACACAGCUAAGUAGAUAAAAUAGCCCUUCAUUGAAAGAUGAUCAAACCAAUGUGCUGAAGUGAUUUGAAUGCUUGUUACCUUCUAGAUAUUUUAGCAUUGCCUCAAAGUACUGUAUUUGUAAAAUUCAAGUGAAAUUGGAACAUGUUUCCAAUUCUUUGCUAAUGUUCUUUUGAGUGGUCUUAAUGUUCCAACAUCUGUGGAGAUUCUUUCCAUAUUAAAAUUGUUAAACAAUACCUCAUACUUCCCUAAUGGUGCAUAUGGCUGAAUACUUUAUUCACAGAUGUGUAAAUUUAUGAACUAAUCAACAGUUCUUGUGUACUGUUUUCUGGGAGGGGGUUCCUGAAAUGUAAUGUCAUUUUAAAUUGUAUUGCUCUUGUGUGAUAUCUUUGAAGGUGAUAAGAGCUCUUCUAUUGAUGUGAUAACUAUCAAAUAGCUUUUAUCCUGUGAAAUGUUUGAUUUGGUGAUGUAAAUGCUUUUGUAUCCUGAAUUACUUGCACAUUCAACUUUUAAAAAUUUCUGCCAUCUAUUUCAUAAAUUUACAUAUCAGUAGUUAAUAUAGGAAGAGAUGUAAUUUGUUAAUUUUAGUUGGAAAGACCAGAAAAUUAAGAUUUAAUUUUGACUUUGGAAUUGUAUUGAAAUAUCCAAAAAUAAUGCAACACAUUACUUAAAAAAAACUGAACAAAGCCUUAAAUGUAAUGAGGAUCUCUGCAUAUUUGACUUCAAUAUUCAUUGUUGUAAGUUGUACAUAAGCAACAAAUAGUUGCAAUGGAAUAAAAAAUGCAUGGAAUGUAAAAUGAGAUUUUUAAAACUGGAACAUUGUGUACAGUAAAAGCAUCAAGAAUACGAUUUUGGCACAUUUUUGGUGUGAUCAGUUUAAAAAAAAUUGAAAUCUCAAUUAAACAUAAGAAAUGCUGUG